AUGGAGUUCGAUCUCUCGAAAGACAUUCUGCUGCUCGAUCAACCAGACUGGUCUACCUCCUCCUGGGACACUCUGCUUCCCCUCCCUGAAGCCUCUGUCACUCAAUAUGGUGGUACGAUCGACGAUCGGCACCCGUUCAGCCUCCAAUUCCUCGACGAUAACCUCGAUCUCGAUACGCUUUCGUGGCUCAAUUAUUACGAUUGUGCAGUCGAAAGUAUCAUUUCCGAUACAGUUGUUCUUCCUCUUAACCAAAGCGACCCAAAGGAGGAGGGCGCGGGAGGAGUCGCCGUCGUCGUGCAGAAGCGAGCUCAAAACUGCAGCAGCGAGCGGACGUCGACGUCGAGGUUGAGCGAGAUGGGAAUGGAGGAGAUGAGCGAAUACUUCAGCAUGCCGAUAACGAAGGCGGCCAAGGAGAUGAAGGUGGGCCUGACGCUGCUGAAGAAGCGGUGCAGGGAGCUGGGGAUCGCCCGGUGGCCGCACAGGAAGAUGAAAAGCUUAGACUCGCUCAUCAUCAACGUUCAGGAGUUGGGAAGGUCGUCCAUGAACAUCGAAGGGACAAGUGUGGGCCGAGAAUUGGAGAGGUUGCAGCAGCAGAGGAAGCUGAUGGUGGAGAACCCAGAAAUGGAACUCAACGAACGAACAAAAAGACUGAGGCAGGCCUGCUUCAAGGCCAAUUACAAGAAGAGAAGGCUCAUCGCCCACCCUUUAAAUUAA